UAUGGAGUUCUCCGUCCUCGGCACAUGUAAUCAAUAAUUAUUAGCAACGUCAUAAAUCAACCCUGGUUUAUGUUCGUUCAACUAAUGCAUUUAUAAUUUCCGACUGCAUUUCAAUGAGACAACAAUUACGGAUUCCCGCCAGUUGCCUCGCGCAAGCUAAUUCAAGAACCAAAGAGGUCUCUAAACAUUUUCUUUUAAUUUAAACUUGUAUUUUUUAAUCAAUAUCUUGAGAUUCUGGUUGUUUUUGAGGUAACGCAGUCGACCAAGCAAAGUUUCGAUAGCUUUACCAACAAUUUUGUUUAUGUUGUGAGCAGUUAAAAAAAGCUAGCUAAAUUAGCAAUUUGCUAGAAAGAUUAGCAAGCUAAUUUAGCUAACAUUGGCUAAUGAUCCCUACUGAUUGACAGUAACUGAAUCUUAACAUCCAUUUUAUCUUCAGCGUUUAAUUUAUAACGUUACUACAUGAAAAUGAAAUGUGCAGAAGACCAGGUCGUUGAAGAAGAUACUGGUUACCAGGAUGAUGAGGAGUCCUUCUUCCAAGACAUUGACCUCCUACAGAAACAUGGGAUUAAUAUGGCAGACAUCAAAAAGCUGAAGUUAGUGGGCAUCUGCACUGUGAAGGGGAUCCAGAUGACCACUCGCAAGGCUUUGUGCAACAUCAAGGGCCUGUCAGAGGCAAAAGUGGAAAAAAUCAAGGAGGCUGCUGGGAAGAUGCUGAAUGUUGGUUUCCAGACUGCCUUUCAGUACAGCGCCAAGAGGAAGCAGGUGUUCCACAUCACAACCGGGAGCCAGGAGUUUGAUAAACUUUUAGGUGGCGGUAUAGAGAGCAUGGCUAUCACAGAGGCCUUUGGAGAGUUCCGCACAGGAAAAACUCAGCUGUCUCACACUUUCUGUGUCACCGCUCAGCUGCCAGGCGAGGAUGGCUACUCAGGCGGGAAAGUCGUCUUCAUUGACACAGAGAACACCUUUCGUCCAGACAGACUGAGAGACAUUGCUGACAGGUUUAAUGUGGACCACAGUGCUGUGCUGGACAACGUGCUUUACGCCCGGGCCUAUACCAGUGAACAUCAGAUGGAGCUGUUGGACUUUGUAGCAGCUAAAUUCCAUGAGGAAGGAGGAGUGUUCAAACUGUUGAUCAUCGACUCCAUCAUGGCUCUGUUCAGAGUAGACUUUUCUGGUCGAGGCGAGCUGGCUGAGCGGCAGCAGAAACUGGCACAGAUGCUCUCCAGGCUGCAGAAGAUCUCAGAAGAGUACAACGUAGCCGUUUUUGUCACCAACCAAAUGACAGCUGAUCCCGGUGCAGGAAUGACUUUUCAGGCUGAUCCCAAGAAGCCAAUCGGUGGGCAUAUCCUGGCCCACGCCUCCACCACACGGAUCAGCUUGAGGAAGGGGCGUGGAGAGAUGAGGAUUGCCAAAAUAUUCGACAGUCCUGAUAUGCCUGAGAACGAGGCCACGUUUGCCAUCUCUGCUGGAGGAAUUACUGAUGCCAAAGAGUGAAGGAUAACACGAGGAGACACACAUGUUAGCACAGUCCUCUGUUCCUGACUAUUUAAAGUUAUGUAAGGUAUUUUAAUGGUUUAUUUAUUGAGUUUGUUAACUUAUAAAACUUAUUGAAGUCAUGCUGACAGUCUUGUACCAGGUACUUUUGAUGUAUUUAUUCUAUUUAUACUCUGUUGUAUUUCCCCUGUGUUUCAUAAAUGUUAAAAUAAACACAAAGCAAGAGAUUGUUAUGUACUUUUUUUUACAGUUUAUA